AUGUCGUGCGCUGACAGGUCUCCUGGGCUUUUUGGCAAGGGUGACUGUGUAACUAUCCCAGCUCGCAAUCCUGAAACCGGAGUGCUCAAGUCCUUGGCUUUCCUCGCUACCCCGGCAGUCGCGGCUCCAAGGCUGCGUGCAGCGCAGGCCGGGGCUUUCGGAGCAGCCGCGCUGGCUGCGCCGUUGCCGGCCCAGGCGGUGGAAGGAGUUUCCACCUUCGAGUUCGCCUUUGGCGGUAUCUGUCUUUUUUUCCUGCUCGUGGUCGUUGUGUCAGACUACCUUAAGGUCGACUGA